CAAUCGAUAUCAGUAUCCAAAUAGAUGAGCUAAAAGCAAAUCGACAGAGAAAUACGGAUCACAAAAUGGAUUUUGGGGACCUGCUGCGCUACGCGAAAAAAAAUAGUGAUGCGGUCACCAAGGAGGGGCAGGGGAACUACUACAGCACCAAGUACUCGCCGCCCAAGAAGCAGUCCAAGGAGUCCAAACAGCUGUCCAGCAACAUCCAGAAGUUUCUCCAAAAGAAGGAGGCCGAGGAGGCGGAAAAGAAACGCCAGGAGCGCCAGAAACUCAACGAUCUGCUCGCCAAAAGGGACGAAAAGUCCAAGAACAAGAUACGUAAAAUGCUAAAGGUAACCAAGUCGGCCAACAAAUCAGUGCUGGAGGAUGCCAAGGACUACAAGGGGGCCAUCGACGGCCACGAGGCGGGCGAGGGUCAGGGCGAUGACUACGGCUACGUGUCCACUGAAGCGAAUGCCUUUUACGAUAAGUACAUUGAAAAGGUUCGGGAUGUACAGGAAGACAAGGGAUUCACGCCCAGCAGGCCACAGUCGCUUAAAGAUCUCUCUGGGACAAAGGAGCGCGUGAAGGCGGCCAUUACCAGGGAACGAGAGGAGGCCAAGGGUCACACACGUCAGAAAAGCAGCACAAGCACACUGCCAUCCAGCGCUACCAAGUCGAAGGAGUCCUCCGCGGCCCGUUCUUACAGUACCUCCAAGACCCUUUAUGAUCCGAACGCAGAGAAGCUCGAGGAGGAGCGCAAAAAGCGGCAGGAGGAGGAGCAGCGCAAGGCGAAGAUAAAACGGCCUGCUCAACCGCCGCCCAUGGACUUCCAAGCCUUGCUUCGCUUAGCUGAAAAGAAACAGCACGAGCCCGUGGUUUUUGAGGUGGAGAAAAAGAAGGAACCGGAGCGUUUGCUGUCGGCCCGUGAGAAACGCGAGUUGGAAGAGCGCCAGCGGCAACAGGAGCAGCGCGCCCAGCGGCUCAAGAUGCGGGACAGUGAAGGCAAGGAGACUCCGAAAUCCAUCCCCAAUCGCAUGGAGCCUAACGGACGCAUCCCCAAGCUGAAUCAAGCCAAGCCAGCCAAUGCACCAAGUGAUAGUUUUAAAAAACCAACUGCCCCACAGCCAACGAAAAGCAACGCGAGCUCCACCAGUUUAUCCAGUUCCAAUUCUCAUUCCUCCACCAGUCGCAGUUCUGUCUCCAGCUCAAGGCCCGCUACUAAAUCAGCUCAAUUGACUGCUCGACCUGGCGCAACUGCAUCGGCGGUUGGAAAACCAAGCCCCAGCUCUAGCAAGGAUGUCCCAUCCAAGAACCCCUAUGCAGCUACUUCCCUAAAGGGAACUGUAAGAGAGUUUCCACCUAGGGAUCAGUCAAUCAACUCAUCCUUGGAUCGUCGAAAAAUUCUGGCAGCCGCAAAGACGCGACAGACUCCUUCCUCGGAUGUUCAGAGAUCACAGGGCGGACGGCAAUUCCCGCCCGCAGAUGUCAAGAGACGAAGAACUAACGAGCCGCCAGUCACCAAGAGACGCAUUUACGACGACGAUGAUGAGGAUGAAUACGAUUCUGAGCUGGAUGACUUCAUAGAUGAUGGCGACUGCGAGGAGGACAUAUCUUCCCACAUCCGCGACAUUUUCGGGUAUGAUAAGCGUCGUUAUCAAGGAAUAGACGACGACGAUCGUGGCAUGGAAUCCAGUUUUGCACAAGUGCAGCGCGAGGAGUUCAUCAGCAAGAAGCUGGGAAUGCAAGAGGAUCUCGAGGACAUGCGCAUGGAGGCGGCGCACAAGAAACAAAAGAAGCUCGUGGCGAAAAUCAGCUCACGCUCCUAGGACAGUAUUUCAUCUCGACGUGGGCUAAUCCGUCGCCAUGUGGAGUUUCCACCUGAUUUACCUCUUUGGCUUAGAAACAAAACUUUAAGCCCACAAAUUAGUUUUUGUUUUAUUACCAUGCAAUGAGAUGAAAUGCAAUGCUGAUCUGAAGGAAAACAGGACAGGAAAACUAAAGAAGUGCAAAGGAAAAGGCGAAAUGCGAUGAAGAUUGGUUUGCUGAAAAAUAGCUUAUUUUUAUAUCAUAUUUUAGUCGAAUAUCCAUGAUAAAAGCCACAAUGUUUAUAGCGGGCUCAUAUUCGGUAUAUGUACAAGUACAUAUGUAAACAAUAUAUAAUUUUUUGUGCGGACGACUACAUCAUGUAGCCAUAGGAACAGUUGGAAAAUUAUUACAAAUAAUGGAAAAUGAAAACUUUCUUGCGUUUAUUAAAGUUAUUAAGUUAGCGUAAGAAGCUCAUUAAUUUA